GAUUGUUAGAUUGUUUCCCUGUUCAUACACAGGCGUGUGUGUGUGUGUGUGUGUGUGUGUGUGUGUGUGUGUGUGUGUGUGUGUUUUCACAGCUGUACGAAGAAAGCUGAAACUGGCUGCUCACGGAGACACUAAGCAUCUCUGCCUAGACCCUGCUCGGGCCAUGAUGCCUGGAGUGUCCCUGCCCAGUAGGAGGAUGAACUUGUGCACUGCUAUUUUAGCCCAGAGGAGUUCUCUCUUUACCAAGCAGUUUUUCUGCACAGUACAUAUUUAUCCAGGGUACAUAGACUUAAGCCAAAUAUUAACUAACAAUCAACUGGAUGCACUGUAAUGUGAUUGAGCAGACCUUUCUGGAAAGAACCAUAUGUAUGCUUUCCCCUGUCCUGGGAGCAGGUUGCCCUGAGUAGGAACAAAUGUGCUAAGAGAAUAUCAAUUAUAAAAUAAAACCCGGACCUUAUCCAAAAGGGCCAGUGAUAUUUUAGCAUAGGCCAAUAAGGUGAAUUAAACGUAUGCUAUGAGUCAAGCGUUUUGUCCCAGGUCUUCUCUAGACACAUGCAUGUCGAUUCCUUUCCUUUCCUCACCCCCUGUCCAGGCUCUUGGAAGAUAUGCGAUGCCAGUAUUAACCAGGCAGCUAUAGGAUUCUACUAAAUCCCCUGGGGGGCAGUCUGAUGACAUCAGGCAACAGCUAAAGUGAUGCUGGAGUCUAUGUGUUUUUCCCUCUUGAUUUUGCACAGUUGUAUGCAUGUUUUUUUGUUUAUGACAUGGCCCUCUAGAGUUCCUUCUCACCUGGAAUGAGUUGCUAUGUAGCUCGGAGAGCAUGACCAAGCAAUGCUGCCACAGUGAUCUAUCUUACCAGUACCAUAGCUGCUAUCCACUCUGGGAAAAGAUGCAUGCUUUUUGCUUCUGUGAGAAAAGACAGGAUUUGAAAAGAUGCCGAGCAAGGAUACUGUGUUUAAGGGUAAGAGAGCAAACAUCAGACCAGAACCUUUGCUUCUGGAAAACAGCUGGUUUUAAGGGGUUUGACAGCUGGGCUGCAGCCAUAGGGAAGCCAGGAGCAUUCUUGACUCUUCUUUCUCCUUAUAAAAAAAAAAAAAGGAGUUGCCUUUCCUUUCCCAGAAUGGAGUGGUAUGUGCUACAGUGUGAAAAUAAGAAAGACCGAGGAGGGGAGUGUUGGGGAGGACAGAAGGACCCUUUCUUCUUAUGUUGGCCUGGUUUGGGGAAUGGGGAACAUCUCUUCUUGGAUCUCAAGAUUCCAUUCUGAGUGUUCCUUUCUGGCCUCCUGACAGGUUGUUUACUGAGCAAAGCCAGAGGGCACAGAACAUCCCUGCGUCAUCAACUCCUGCUGAUCCCCUUCCCCAAGUUUGGAGCCCUGGAGGAGCAGCACGGAGUGGGAGAGCUUGGCGAGAGAAUGAAGACACUAACCGCCUGGGAGAAGCAUGAGGUGGCCGUGCAGCUCUCGGUUUAGAGGGCUUUGGCCGGAGGCCGCCCCAUGGGCAGUCCUGCUGGCACUAGGCGUGCCCGGGUGGGUGCUGGCUGUCUCGGCCACGGUGGCCGCUGUGGUCCCGGAACAGCAUGUCUCCUCGGCUGGUCAGGCUCCCCUGGACUGGCUGCUCACAGACCGAGGCCCCUUCCACCGUGCCCAGGAGUAUGCUGAUUUCAUGGAGCGUUACCGCCAGGGGUUCACGACCAGAUACAGGAUCUACAGGGAGUUUGCCCGAUGGAAAGUGAACAACUUGGCCUUAGAAAGGAAAGACUUCUUCAGUUUGCCCCUGCCUCUCGCCCCAGAGUUUGUCCGCAACAUCCGCCUCCUUGGAAGGAGACCCAACCUGCAGCAGGUCACUGAAAACCUCAUCAAAAAGUACGGCACUCAUUUCUUACUUUCUGCCACUCUUGGAGGAGAAGAGUCCCUGACCAUUUUUGUGGACAAGAGGAAACUUAGCAGAAAGUCAGAAACACCAGGAGGUGUUCCUGUAGUGGGGGGCACUGGGAACAGCUCUGCUGUGUCUCUGGAAACCCUGCACCAGCUGGCAGCCUCCUACUUCAUUGACAGAGAGAGCACACUGCGAAGACUUCACCAUAUCCAAAUAGCCACAGGGGCCAUAAAGGUCACAGAGACCAGGACCGGUCCACUGGGCUGCAGCAACUAUGACAAUCUGGACUCUGUCAGCUCUGUCCUGGUUCAGAGUCCAGAGAACAAAGUGCAGUUAUUGGGCCUGCAGGUGCUGCUCCCUGAACACCUGCGUGAGCGGUUUGUGGCUGCAGCACUCAGCUACAUCACAUGCAGCUCUGAGGGUGAGCUUGUCUGCAGGGAGAAUGACUGCUGGUGCAAGUGCAGCCCCACGUUCCCAGAAUGCAACUGUCCUGAUGCUGACAUUCAAGCUAUGGAAGACAGCUUGCUGCAGAUCCAAGACUCCUGGGCCACUCACAACAGGCAGUUUGAAGAGUCAGAAGAAUUCCAGACCCUGCUGAAGAGGCUCCCCAGCGACCGAUUCCUGAACUCCACAGCCAUCUCCCAGUACUGGACCAUGGACGCCAACCUCCAGCACCGUUAUCAGCAGCUGGGAGCCAGCUUGAAAGUCCUGUUAAAGAAGAUGCACCGGAUCGUCCGCCGCCUCUUCAAUCUCUGCAAGCGCUGCCAUCGGCAGCCUCGCUUCCGCCUGCCCAAGGAGAGAUCCUUGUCUUUCUGGUGGAACCGAAUCCAGUCCCUUCUCUACUGUGGAGAAAGCACCUUCCCUGGGACAUUCCUGGAACAGAGCCACAGCUGCACCUGUCCCUAUGACCAAUCUUCCUGCCAGGGCCCCAUUCCAUGUGCCUUGGGGGAAGGGCCUGCAUGUGCCCACUGUGCUUCAGAUAAUACCACGCGCUGUGGGAGUUGUAACCCUGGUUAUGUGCUAGCCCAGGGACUGUGCCGGCCAGAGGUAGCCGAGUCCCUGGAGAACUUUCUUGGGCUGGAGACAGACCUGCAGGACCUUGAGCUGAAGUACCUGCUGCAGAAGCGAGAUAGCCGCAUUGAGGUGCACUCCAUCUUUAUCAGCAAUGACAUGCGUCUGGGCAGCUGGUUUGACCCUUCCUGGAGGAAGCGGAUGCUCCUCACUCUGAAGAGUAACAAGUACAAGCCAGGCCUGGUGCAUGUGAUGUUAGCCUUGUCCUUGCAGAUCUGCCUCACUAAGAACAGCACCCUGGAGCCCGUCAUGGCCAUCUAUGUGAACCCCUUCGGGGGCAGCCACUCUGAGAGCUGGUUCAUGCCUGUAAAUGAGGGCAGCUUUCCAGACUGGGAAAGGACUAACGUAGAUGCAGCUGCCCAGUGCCAAAACUGGACUAUCACUUUGGGGAACAGGUGGAAGACUUUUUUUGAGACAGUCCAUGUUUACCUACGGAGCCGAAUCAAGUCCCUGGAUGACAGCUCCAACGAGACAAUCUACUAUGAGCCCCUGGAGAUGACUGAUCCCUCCAAGAAUUUGGGCUACAUGAAAAUCAACACUUUGCAGGUCUUUGGCUACAGCCUGCCCUUUGACCCGGAUGCUAUCCGAGACUUAAUUCUCCAGCUGGACUACCCGUACACUCAAGGUUCCCAGGACUCUGCACUCUUACAACUCAUUGAGCUUAGAGACCGGGUGAACCAACUCUCUCCCCCUGGCAAAGUCCGGCUUGAUCUUUUCUCCUGCUUGCUCCGGCAUAGGCUCAAGCUGGCCAACAACGAGGUGGGCAGGAUCCAGUCCUCCCUGAGAGCUUUCAAUUCCAAGCUGCCAAAUCCUGUGGAGUAUGAGACAGGCAAACUCUGUAGCUAAUGGGGGAACUACCCCAGUGCUGGUCAGAGAGUUGGUCCACACAUUCAGGGUGCAAAGAUAAUCCAAGCCCUCACCUCAGUGCCAACAGAGUGCUUCUAAGAGACUUUUAGCACCUGGGAGAUAGGAGCUCAAGGCUUGGACUGAAGCAGGCGAAAAACAAUGAAACAGCCACUGCACACAUGCACAAGUGCAUAUAACACCCUACCACACACACUCACAGGGAGGCCACAGCCCAGCCACCUCGAAUCUGUAAAGUUGGUGCUCUCUAAAAUGAAUGCAGUUGAAGAAGAACCAAGGAAGAGAUAAAAGAGCUGGCUCAACCAGGAAAGAAAUGACUGAAAAAAAAAAUACGUUUCAAAGUGAUUCUUGUCAUCCAGGAUAGCAAGAGGGGACAGAAGUGGGAGGGGCAGGAGACCUCCCCUCUGUGGAGUCACUUUUGUAUUCUUUUUAACCAGAUUUCUUAAAAUGUCAUUGUUCUGUGACUCCCUGCACUGCUCCUUACUCUUUGUACAGUGCCUCCCUGCACCCUGGAGGCCUUGGGGCUACCGCUCUUGGUGUCCUUGGAAAGUGUAUGCAGUGCUAAAGCAGAGGAGCUCACGCUAAGGGCAGGCCACGGCCUCUUUACUCCCUCCCCCACUUCUUCCUCCUGCCAGCUCCCUCACCUUCUUGGCCUCCCCAGUUUCAGAGUUUUGACUUGUUCCAAGAGCCCCUCACAGUUCAUCCAGAGUCCUCUUCCCGCAGCACCCGUCUGUUCAAGGAAGCAGUUUUGUCAAGUUAGAGAGACAACAUAUAUGGAAAUGUUCUUUUUAAAAAAAAAAACAACAAAACAAAAAAUAUUUAUUUUGUGAUUGUUUUCUUGUCAACCUGCUCCAGUCACAUGAACCUCUGAGUAAAGUUUUACUUGGUUUAACACA